AUGCAUGACCGCUCGCACGCUGUUAUUCGCUUAGGAAUUCAUUUACCUUUACAACAGCCAGUAUAUUUCACUGCUGGACAUGAAAGAGAUGCUUUAUUGAGAUCAGAAAAUAAACAUACUACUUUAACGGCAUGGUUUGAGUUAAAUAAGACAGAUCUAAAUACUAGACAAUAUCUUUAUGGGGAAAUACCUUAUCAUUAUGUGUUUACAAAUUACCAUUGGAAACUAAGAAAAAAACGAUUAAAUGUAAUUUCGAGAAUGUAUUCCGUUCAUCCUAAUUCUGGUGAACGAUUCUUCCUUCGAUUAUUAUUACUUCAUGUUUGCGGGGCUACAAGUUUUGAUUAUUUAAAAACUAUUAAUGGAAUUUUAAUGAGUACUUUUAAAGAGGCAGCUAUUAAAAGAAAUUUGUUAUCAGAUGAUAAAGAGUGA